ACCCAAUGAUUGGGAUGUCUUCAGAACCUGCUUUUGAAGCCACGUUAUUAACGACAGAGCCUAUGAUGGAUUACGCGUCCACUCCUACUAUGAAUCCGAUUGCUAUUCACUCUACUAUGGCGCCCGCUACUGCUAUUACUGCCCCCGUAGUACCCUCCAUGUCUUCGGCCAUCAUGCAAUCAGGGGCCUAUGAAUACUCAAUGCAUAGUCCUACAGGCAUCAUGUACAAUUCACUCUCGCAGCAUCCUGGCAUGGUCAACCCCGCUCAAAUGGCCGCUGCUGUUGCUGCCGCUGCUGCCGCUGCAGUUGUUCAGCCCCACAUGUAUACACCAGUGAUUGCAAGCGAUCACCAUAGCUUUUCCAAUCAUCUUCCACACGUUGCUGGUCAACAACAUCAACAAGCUGAAGCUGUCCUUGCUUCGUCAAGUCAUACAUUAAUGAACCCAUUGUCAUCUAUUCAAGAGCCUGAAAUUAUUCAUGCUCAGACAACGCUGAAUGAAGCUGCCAAUGUACUACAACGCCAACAACAACUAUUGCAGGAUUGUGUACAAGCAGCUGUAAAUAAUGCUGUACCUGAUCAGUAUGUCACGUCCUGCUUGGCCGAACACCAACAACGGAUGAACCAUACGAUUGUUGCCAACAGCUCAUUAAUAUCCAUGCUGGAGAGGAGACGAAGUCACCAUGACAUGAUGGUAAUGCCUGCCUUCUCAUGUUUAGAAUAGAAAGAAAAAAAAAUUAAUGGAUUUGUCCUUACUAAUAUGUCAUUUUACACUCGGCUUUUUCUAAAACAGCUUCCGCACGCUAAUCCCUCCUCUCCUCCACCUCAACCAAAGGUGGCAUCCCAUAAGCCAGGAAUGCCUCGUCGUCAUACUGUAUCCACACCGUAUCAUCAACGAGUCACUGCUGCCUAUCAAAUCAGCCG